AUGGCGUUUCAAACACCGUGGAUUUUUAUCGCUGUCAUUGGUGUUCCACUCUUUAUGGUCUACACGAAGGCGCGGCGCAUGGACGCGAAGGAAAUACACGAAAUACAAAUGCGGGUGAAGUAUCGUUCCGAGUUUUGGGAAAAGGGAAAUGAGUUUGUGCGGAGCCACCGUGAAAUCGUCCUGAAAGGACUGAAAGAAACGAAUGAUCCGAUGGUUGGAAAGGAGUUCAGCGAGUUGGAGACCAAUGGCGUAACAAAAACUCACCACUCGAUUUGGAAACUGUGGUAA